CGUGAGACUAUGAAACAAGAGUCGUGACGUUUCACGUAAAUACAAUUGUGAACUAGUGUAUUUGUUUCUGAUUAUGGAUUCGUGGAUUACGAUGAAACGAAAUUACUAAAAUUAAUAACUACAGUGAAGUACUGCGCAAUUUUGUGCAGCAUGAACGCAGAAACGUGACAAAAUUAUACUUUACUAAUAUCUGAUUACCGUGAAGUGUAAGCUAGACUUACAAAUAAUGGGUGGUGAUAGAGAACGCAGUCGUCACCAAAGCUCUGAGAGGCAUCGCAGCAGGAGCCGAGACAGGCACCGAAGCCGCGACAGGGACCGUCGGGACCGCAGCAAAGACAGGCACCACAGCAGGGACAGAGAAAGGCUGCAACGAGAGCGCGACCGCGGCAGGAGUUCGUACAAGGAGUAUAAUGGCGGAGGACUCGGCGGCGGUCUGGGUAGUAGUGGACCCUCUAGAAGCCGGUAUAAACCACAAGAGGAAGAGUUUUUAGAUGCUCGGAGGGAGGAACGAGAGAGGAUUGGCAUGAUUGGUGUGUCCUCAGCUUGGGGAAAAUCACCAGCAAGAGGAGAUUCAGAAGAAGAUGAGCCUCAACCAGAGAAUACACACCAUAGCAAAGAAAAGAAGAAAAGCAAAAAGUCAAAGGAUUCAAAAGAUGACACCAAGGAAAAACUAAAAAAACUAAAAAAGAAACUGAAGAAGGUGAAAAAAGCAAGAAAGAAAGCAAAAAAGAAAGCCAAAGAAUCCAGCAGCAGUGAUUCCAGCUCCAACGAGGAGGAGGUGUGGGUGGAGAAAGGAAAGGAACAUGAAGUUUUAUUAUCCAAGUCCAAAUCAUCAAAAUCGAAAAAUCAAGAUGAUGAGAUGGCUUCAGAAGCUAUUGGACCCACUCCCCGUGUGGGUCCUUCUCUAGGUCACAAGGAUUUUGGACGAGCCCUGCUGCCUGGUGAAGGUGCUGCGAUGGCGGCCUAUGUCGCUGAAGGAAAGCGAAUCCCUAGGCGAGGUGAAAUUGGCCUCACAUCAGAUGAGAUCGCAUCAUAUGAGUCUGUGGGUUAUGUCAUGAGUGGAAGCAGACAUCGUCGUAUGGAGGCUGUGCGUAUCCGCAAAGAGAACCAAAUCUACAGCGCGGACGAGAAGCGCGCGCUGGCGGCUUUCAGCAAGGAGGAGCGCGCCAAGCGAGAGAACGCCAUCCUCUCGCAGUUCCGCGACGUGCUGCAGGCUCGCACGCAGCGCCGCGACACCUAGCCCACCCGGACCUGCUCAUACUGACCAAUGGAGAACCCAGCUCAUCCCGACAACACUUAUUUGAGACUAACUGAGAAUCUACCAUAUAUGACAGCAGUUUGUCAGAUUGAGGUUCUUGCAAAUACUGUUUGUGCAUGAAGUGGAACAUAAGUAAAACGAAGAAGCAGAUUUGUGGAGCAAAAGAUCAAAAUAUUAUGUUGUAAGAAUAACUCCCUGAAUCGGCCUGUGGUUGGUAUACUGUCUUAAUAAAUAAAUCAAUUUAUUAAUACAGUAGUCUAUAAUAACACAGAUUGUGUGAAAUUGGUGUAAAAUGUAGUAACUUUGUAAAUAAAUGAACACUGUGGUACAAACAA